AUGGCUUCCCCGCAGUCUGAUUCCCAGGCGACUGGUCUGGCAGACGGUCUUUCGCCUUCACAUACAUACGUGCCUAAUCAAGGCUAUGUCAAUGCCGAUGGCACCAACCCCUCCAUAGCGGGGCAAGAUCCUGACGCAGAGGUUGACGACGACAACGAGGAGGACGACGAUUACUACGAUGAUAUCUUUGACGAUGACCUCGAUGAAGGCGAGUUUCCGUCAUCAAACCCCGCAGACCUAACGAAAGCCUACAAUCGUCAACGGAAAGUCAACGAGCUCGCUGCCGAUCCCAACGUUCCCAAAUGGACCUACCCGAAAACCAACACUCAAAAACCAACGGUGAACACGCAUGCGGCUGUCGACGAUCAAAUUAAGUCUUUAACUCGGCACGCAGCCAAGAUCAAACUCAACGAUGUACAGUCGGGAAUGGCCAGUCGGGGUGGCAGUGGCACGGACAGAGCCGAUCGAGCGACCUCCGAGCAGGUGCUGGACCCCCGUACGAGAAUGCUUUUGCUGCAGAUGAUCAAUCGGAACAUCGUGUCUGAGAUCCACGGUUGUCUGUCGACGGGUAAAGAGGCAAACGUCUACUAUUCUCUUUUGUUCCCGGACGAAGAGGAUGCGACGCCGGUACAUCGCGCCAUCAAGGUCUACAAGACGAGUAUCCUGGUUUUCAAGGACAGAGAUAAAUACGUGACUGGCGAGUUCCGCUUCCGACAAGGAUAUAGCAAGAGUAACAACCGAGCGAUGGUGAAGCUGUGGGCGGAGAAGGAAAUGCGAAACUUGCGGAGAAUCUAUGCUGCAGGUAUCCCUUGCCCGGAACCCGUCUACCUGCGUCUUCAUGUCAUGGUCAUGGGAUUCCUCGGUAACUCCAAGGGAGUGGCGGCUCCUCGACUGAAGGAUGUGGAGUUUGAUAUUCCCAACCCGGAGAAGAGAUGGCACGAGCUCUACAUGGAACUGCUCGGCUACAUGCGUGUCAUGUAUCAGACCUGCCGGCUGGUACAUGCCGAUCUGAGCGAGUACAACAUGCUUUAUCACAAGAACAAGCUCCACAUUAUCGAUGUCAGUCAGAGUGUGGAGCAUGAUCACCCCCGCAGCUUAGAGUUCCUGCGUAUGGACAUCAAGAACAUUAGUGACUUCUUCCGCCGGAAGAGCGUCGAUGUGCUGUCGGAGCGCGCGGUAUUCGGGUUCAUCACUGCGGCGGAGGGUCCGACCAGCGUCACACCGAGCGAGCCAAUGCUCGAGGCCGUUGAGAAGCUGUUCGCGACGCGCAAUGACAACGUGGAAGAUGUCGACACAGCUGUUUUCCGUCAGCAAUAUAUUCCUCAGACGCUGGAACAAGUAUACGAUAUCGAACGUGAUGCCGAGAAGGUUCGUGCCGGCGAAGGCGAAGACCUUGUUUACCGGGACCUCUUGGCGAGCAAAAAGGCUGCUAGCCAGGAUGACGAGAGUGACAAUGAAUCUGACGUUAGCGGCGGCGCCUCCGUGGAGGAGUCAGGUUCCGAGGAUGAGGACGACCCCUUCGCGAAGAAGCAGCCUCGCGGGAAGCGGUUCGAAGACAAGGAUUCCAAGCGGGAACACAAGCAGAAGGUGAAGGAAGAGAAGCGUGAGAAGCGCGCGAACAAGAUGCCUAAGCAUAUGAAGAAACGCCUGGUCUCGUCUUCGUCCCGGAAGAAGAAAUAA